UGCGUGGGUGACUUUUGCGGGCUAGGCAAAAUGGCAUAAAAGCGUUUAGCUUCUACAAAACUUGUAAAAAGGAUAAAGAAAUGAGGUUCUUCUACAGACUGAAAGCCACUACAUUGGCUCUGUUCUUUCUACACACGAUAAUAGUCUUCUCUUGUACGUACGUGUUCUGCUCUUCGUACAACUGCGGUGGUCGUCACGGGGGAUGUGAAAACCGCCUGAAUCGAGAGCUAAUGCUCCAAGACCCUCACAAGAAGGCGCAAGGAAGCCUGGAAAAUAAAGAAAUUUACAAAUCAAAAGAGAAAGAGACUCUGCCUAAGCACAGACAUGUUAAAGGAAACCUCAGAAAACCAGCUAAUAAUGCUUUUAUUUUUGCUGGUGGUGCUGGUUGUCCCAUUAUCCAGAGUCCAUUGAUAGAUUAUCUCUCGCCAGACGUCCGUGCCUCACUGACUGUAAGAGAAAAGAUACUGGCUCUCUCAAAUCAGAAUGACAUCAUCCCAAUAGAGGACUUCUUCACUCCAGUGAUGAAGCGUACAUUACAAAAAUUAGGUGAAGGCGUUUUCGGAGAAGUAUUUAGUUGCUACACACCCGAAGGUGAUGGGCUGGCAGUGAAGAUUAUGCCCAUUGAAGGCAAAGAAUUGAUUAACGAUGAAAAACAGAAGACCUUUGAGGAGAUACUGCCAGAGAUGGUCAUAUCAAAAGAACUUAGUCAUCUGGGCCAGUCAGAAGAUGCAAGAUAUUAUACAAAAAAUUUUGUUCAACUUUACAAACUGGGUAUUGGCAAAGGGAAGUAUCCUGAGUUUCUCAUUAAUGCUUGGGACAAUUGGGACGAGAAAGAAGAGAGCGAUAAUGACAGACCAGAUGUAUUUAGUCCCAAGCAGCUCUACGUUAUGUUUGCUUUUGAAAACUCAGGCUGUGCCUUAGAAGCUUUUACGUUUCAUAGCAAAAGAGAAGCAAUGAGUGUUCUAGCACAGAUUGCAGCUACAUUAGCUGUUGGGGAAGCAGCUCUCAAGUUUGAACAUCGUGACAUGCAUCGAGGGAACAUCCUAGUGAGACGUACUAAAGAAGAGAAGAUGGUUUUUGUCAUUGAUUCUCAUAAAUAUGUACUUCCAUCUGAAGGAGUACACGUAACAGUCAUUGAUUACACAUUAUCAAGACUAUCACAAGGUAGCUGUACUUCAUAUAAUGAUCUCAAUAACCUUCCAUGGCUAUUCAAAGGACACGGCGGGAUACAGCACGACACUUACUUAAGAAUGCGAAAUGCAACCAAGAGUGAUUGGUCAAAGUUUGCUCCCAGAACCAAUGCCUGUUGGCUGUAUUACAUAGUCAAUAAAAUGGCCAUUAAAAGUCGAGUGAAAUAUGUGACAAGGGCUCAGAUACAGGCUGCCUUUGAGCCACUAGUGAAUCAGUUUUUAAACUACGACUCUGCCAAGGACAUAUUUCUUGAAUAUUUCUCCAAUCCUAGCCCUCUUAGCUUCGAAUCCAAAAAAUUAAAAAGAAACUAACAUCAAAAAUUCAUAAUCGCAGUCUUCGACAAUCCUAAACUUCUGAUUAUUAUAGUGCUAUGUAUCAUCAUGAUCAUCAUCAUUAUUAUUAAUAUUAUCACUAUCUAUUAAUCAUUAACCACUUGAACAAAUUUUAUAAUAAAUGCUGUGUUAUUUAAUUAAUCAUUAUUAUUAUUUAUUAA